AUGGCGCCCAUCAACAGCGGCAACAUGGAGCAGCACUCGCAGCGGCUCCUCGAGCCCGACCUCCCUGUGCAAGUCCGACUGCAGCUUGCCACGGAAGUUCGGGACAGCUUGGAGAUGACACACACUCCAGACUACCUCAACUUUCUUCGCUGCUACUUCAGAGCCUUCUCAGCAAUUCUCACCACUUACACCAAGCCACAGGCCACAGAGAAUGCUGAGCACAAGCUACGUUAUGUUGUGAUCGAGAUACUCAACCGCCUUCCACACAGCGAGGUGCUCAGACCAUUUGUGCAGGAUUUGCUGAAGCUUUCUCUCCGUGUGCUGACACAGGACAAUGAGGACAAUGCUCUCCUUGCCAUCCGAAUUGUGUUUGACCUCCUCCGUAACUUCCGCCCUACUGUUGAGGCGGAGGUGCAGCCAUUUCUUGACUUUGUGGUUAACAUAUACCAUAAAUUUCCCACAACUGUUAGCUACUUCUUCGAAAAUCCCAACACAAGUGCCAGUAUGGCUGCCUCCAUGCCCAUGCAGCAUUUGGACCCCACUGCUGAUGCUCCAGUCACGAUGCAAGUGCCUGGUGGUGGUCAACUCAACCCGAGCACACGGUCCUUCAAGAUAGUCACAGAGAGCCCUCUUGUUGUGAUGUUUCUCUUCCAGUUGUAUGCAAAGCUUGUGCAGACAAAUAUCCCGCACUUGUUACCACUCAUGGUGGCGGCCAUCUCUAUCAAGGGCCCCGACAAGGUGCCACUACACCUUAAGACACCCUUCAAUGAUUUAAAGGGUGCACAGGUCAAGACCUUGUCAUUCCUGACAUACCUCCUGAAGAGCAAUGCAGAUUACAUAAAGUCAUACGAGGAAAGCAUAUGCAAGAGCAUUGUGAACUUGCUUGUUACGUGUCCUCCUGAUUCUGUCUCCAUUAGAAAGGAGCUAUUAGUUGGUCUGAAACAAGUUCUAAACACCGAGUACAAACGAGGGUUGUUCCCCUUGAUUGACACACUUCUUGAUGAAAGGGUUUUGAUAGGCACAGGUCGAGUUUGCAUCGAAACUUUAAGACCUCUUGCUUACACCCUUCUUGCUGAAUUGGUGCAUUAUGUUCGAGAAGAUAUUUCUCUUCCACAGUUGUCACGGAUCAUCUAUUUGUUCUCUCGGAAUAUGCAUGAUUCUUCUUUAACCCUUAUAAUUCAUACAACAUCUGCCCGCUUGAUGCUGAACCUGGUUGAGCCCAUAUAUCAAAAAGGUGUUGACCAGCAAAGCAUGGAUGAAGCACGGGUUUUAUUGGGGCGCAUAUUGGAUGCAUUCGUUGGGAAGUUCAGGACGUUGAAGCGAACAAUCCCUCAGUUGCUUGAAGAAGGCGAGGAAGGGAAGGAACAACCGAAUCUGAGAAUGAAGCUUGAAGUCCCAUUACAGACUGUGCUGAAUUUGCAACAACCUUUGGAAUAUACUAAGGAAAUCAACGAUUACAAAAGUCUGAUAAAGACUCUUGCUGUGGGAAUGAAGACAAUAAUAUGGAGCAUAACCCAUGCUCACUGGCCACGCCCCCAGCAACAAAAUCAACAGUCUUCUAAUUUGUCAGUUCAACCCUUCAGGGGGCUGAGGGAGGAUGAGGUGCGGAAGACAUCUGGUGUUCUGAAGUCUGGUGUUCACUGUCUGGCUCUGUUUAAGGAAAAAGACGAUGAUAGGGAAAUUCUGCAAUCAUUUUCGCAGAUGUUGGCUAUAAUGGAAGCUCGCGAUAUUAUGGAUAUGUUUUCCUUUUGCAUGCCUGACCUCUUUGAUUCUAUGAUAACCAACAACCAGCUGUUGCACAUAUUUUCGACCCUUUUGCAAGCUCCCAAGCCAAAGCUCCAGAAAGCUGUGAACGCACACUUCAGCCACACGUGCCCGGUUAUAAUGGAAGUCUGCAUGAAGAGUGCCACUGAAGUUGAGAAACCCCUAGGUUACAUGCACCUUCUUCGUAACAUGUUUCGUGCAUUGAACAGUGCUAAAUUUGAUUCAUUGAUGCGUGAUCUUAUACCAUCUCUUCAACCCUGCCUCAAUAUGUUACUCUCCAUGCUUGAUGGGCCAAUAAGUGAAGAUAUGCGGGACUUGAUUUUGGAGCUUUGCCUGAUUUUACCUGCCCGCUUGAGUUCUUUAUUACCCCACAUACCUCGUCUAAUGAAGCCUCUUGUUCUUGCUCUAAAAGGUAGUGAUGACCUUGUGAGCUUAGCUCUACGCACACUCGAGUUUUGGAUUGAUAGUCUGAACCCUGAUUUUUUGGAGCCUAGCAUGGCAAAUUUAAUGUCAGAAGUCAUUCUUGCUUUAUGGUCUCAUUUAAGGCCUCCUCCUUACACAUGGGGCACAAAGUCUUUGGAACUGUUAGGGAAGCUGGGGGGCCGAAAUAGGCGAUUUUUGCGGGAGCCUCUUGCACUUGAAUGCAAGGAAAAUCCGGAACAUGGAUUACGCUUAGUUCUGACUUUUGAGCCCGCGACACCUUUUUUGGUUCCUCUGGACAGAUGCAUACACCAAGCUGUUGGUGCAGUUAUGCAAGGCAAUGGUAUGGAAGCUUUCUACAGGAAGCAGGCUCUUCAGUUCAUUCGGGUGUGCCUGGAUUCUUUGUUAAAUCUGAGGGAAAAUGUACCUGGCGAGGGUGUGAGCCCUGGUGUUCUUGGUACAUUGCUAAUCUCUUCCCUGGAUCCCUCAAGACGUCGCAAUGAUGCUUCAGAUAUGAAGGGAGAUUUAGGUGUGAAGACAAAAACACAACUACUGGCUGAGAAAUCUGUUUUCAAGACUCUUCUUGUAGCUGUCAUUGCAGCUAAUGCUGACACCAGUCUUCAUGAUGAGAAAGAUGAUUAUGUUGUAGAUAUAUGCCGGCAUUUUGCUAUGCUUUUCCAUGUUGAUUCACCAUCCUCCAGUCAAUCUGGAUUUAUGCAUCCUAUUGGUUCUUCACUCCCAUCUAGCAUCAACAUGGGAUCAAGAUCAAGAUGCAACACUUCAUCUAAUCUCCGGGAGCUGGACCCUUUGAUAUUUUUGGAUGCUUUAGUUGAAGUGCUAUCCAGUGAAAAUCGCCAACAUGCAAAAGCUGCCCUAUCUGCUUUGAAUAUUUUUGCUGAGACAUUAAUCUUUCUUGCACGGAUGAAACACACUGGUAUGCUAAGGGUGGUCCUAGCACCCCUAUGCUAG